AUGUCAGAUAGGAAUAGUAUUAUUGCGUUUCAAGGUCCAGAAAACUUCAGACUUCGUCUGUUGAUGGCUACACUUUCUGGAAGACAAAUUAAGAUAGAGAAAAUUCGUUCCAAUGACUUGAACCCGGGUUUGAAAGAUUAUGAGGUCUCAUUUUUGAGACUGUUAGAAGCGGUGACGAAUGGUAGUUCCAUUGAGAUUUCUUAUACAGGUACCACUGUUAUAUAUAGACCUGGUAUUAUUAUUGGUGGUUCUUAUACACAUACAUGUCCUAACUCGAAACCUGUGGGUUAUUAUGUGGAAGCAAUGUUAUAUUUAGCUCCUUUCUCUAAAAAGAAAUUUUCAAUUAUAUUUCGUGGUAUUACUGCAUCUCAUAAUGAUGCUGGUAUUGAAGCUAUCAAAUGGGGGUUAAUGCCUGUGAUGGAAAAAUUUGGUGUCAGGGAAUGUGCAUUGCAUACUUUAAAAAGAGGUUCUCCGCCAUUAGGAGGUGGUGAAGUUCAUUUGAUUGUGGACACUUUACUUGCGCAACCAAUUACCAUGCAUGAAUUAGAAAGACCACAGAUCUCGAAGAUUAGAGGUGUUGCAUACUCAACAAGAGUAAGUCCGUCAAUGGUUAAUAGAAUGAUAGAUGCGGCAAGAAAAGUUUUGAAAAUAGCAAACUGUGAAGUUAAUAUCACCGCAGAUGUUUGGAGAGGUGAAAAUUCUGGUAAGAGUCCAGGUUGGGGUAUCACAUUAGUUGCAGAAACUAAAAAAAAUUGGUGUUAUUUUGCAGAAGCAAUUGGUGAUUCAGGUGAAGUACCAGAAGAUAUUGGUGAAAAGACCGCUUACCAUUUACUAGAAGAAAUAUCAAAAAGUUCAGCAGUUGGCAGAAAUCAAUUGCCACUAGCUAUCUUAUAUAUGGUAAUUGGUAAAGAAGAUCUUGGUAGAUUAAGAAUAUCCAAGGAACAGAUAGACGAAAAAUUUAUUGUAUUAUUAAGAGACAUCAAAAAAGUGUUUGAUACAGAAGUCUUAUUAAAGGAAGUUGAUGAUCCAGAUAGCGAUGAUUUUAUUGCUACCAUUAAGGGUGUGGGUUUCACAAAUACAAGUAAGAAAAUAGCAUAA